UCGAGAAAUGUACAACGCAUUCAGCAACUCUCUGACAGUACCAACAGACGCAUUUCACAACAGGAACACACUACGUGGCUUGUACAAUUGGUAGGAGGCUUGGCUCAUUGCGUAUGCGGUCUUGUCGGGGCGGUGGACGCCACGGCAUUGACCAAAAAUCAGCCUCGGUUCACAAGUCCCGCACACGACAAGAAAACGGAACAAUCACACGGAGAUCCAUACUUGACUUUUUUACUCGGAACUAUUAUGGCCGAGACAGGGUCGUACUCAUACGCUACGUCGUCUGCUACGUCGUCGGCGAUGUCAGCGAUGUCGGUCGAAAAGCCCGACGGACUGGUCCUCGACAGGGACAACCUCUCGCCCGAGCUGCUCAAGAUUCUGGACGAGGUCGAUCGCGACGGUGACGGCGAUGUCGACAUCAACGAGCUGUUGAUGGCGUUCCAGGAGAUGCACCAUGCGCGCAAGUCGAACAAGCGGCUGGUGCGGAUCCUCAUCGUGGGCGCCGUGCUGUUUGCGCUCACUCUUGGAGCGAUUUUCGCGCUCUCGGUAGCUGCCGCGGAGCUGGCCAAGGACACCAACAUCGAGUCGUCGUCCAGCGCUCCGGCGGUGAUGCGGACCAAGUCGGGCGGGUCCGAGUAUACGUCGACGGUGCGGACGGCGAGCGUGACGCCCGGGAUCUCAGUGGGCACGGUCGACGACCCGCCGGAGGACGACGAUGCGUCGCGGGCACUGCGGGCGCGUGCGCGUGAGGUCGAAGGCCGGACGUCCGAGGUCGACACGGCGGAUCUGAGCGUGCUUUGCGAGAGCGCGGAGACCGAGGUGACCGAUGACUUUACCUUUGACACGGCGCUGGUCUUCCCGCGCCCAGACUCUGUGGAAAACAUCCGAACCAACCCGACCGCACCAUUCUCGCUCUCGCUUCCGGGCCAGGCCUCGACGCAGAUCAUGCGAUUCCGGAUCACGGGCAUAUCGUCAUUUGACAACAACACGUUUGACUCGAUCCCGGAGGAGACCGAGCUCGAUGUGACCGACCUUGUGGUUGACGGCGACGCCGAGGCUGCAGCGCGGCUCUGCUGCGACCACGCCAACUGUGCGUACGCGGUCGGCGAGUCGAUCAUCGAGAUGGAGGACGACUCGACGUACGUCAACGGGACGGCAGUCGAUCCGCCGAGCGCGGGCGAGCUUGACGAGGCCGCUUCGCGGUGGGUCAUGAACCGAUACGGUGAGAUGGUGGAGCCUGGGCGCGAGCACGAGGCUGCCACCGAGCGCGCAAUUGGUGCGCGAGUGACGAUCUCGACUGGACUGCAGCGCUAUCUGACGGGGCGCUGCACUCGCCGAGUCUGCUACGUGCGCGGCCUGAUGCAGGGCAGCGGCGUGCUGCAGCCGCGUGGAGUGACGGUGUACUCGCCGAACGCAGCAAAGACGACGUACGCGUCAGUCAAGCCGAUGCGGGUCCGGCCCCGCACCCUUGUUGUGUGCCCGGUCAACGAUGGCGAUCUGGACCUGGCGUCGGCGUCGGUAUCUGACAACAAGAUUGCGUGGUACGAGAACAUCGAUGGGGUCGGCAGCUUUGGGCCACAGCAAGUGGUGAGCACUGCAGCGCAUGGGGUGCAGUCCGUGAUUGCGACUGACGUGGAUGGAGAUGGCGAUCUGGACCUGGCGUCGGCGUCGGCUUCUGACAACAAGAUUGCGUGGUACGAGAACAUCGACGGAGCCGGGAGUUUCGGGCCGCAGCAAGUGGUGAGCACUACCGCAAGCUAUGCGCGGUGUGUAGUUGCGGCUGACGUGGAUGGAGAUGGCGAUCUGGACCUGGCGUCGGCGUCAUCCUCUGACAACAAGAUUGCGUGGUACGAGAACAUCGACGGAGCCGGGAGUUUUGGACCACAGCAAGUAGUGAGCACCACCGCAAGCUAUGCGCGGUCUGUGCUUGCAGCUGACGUAGAUGGAGAUGGCGAUCUGGACCUGGUGUCGGCGUCGGCUUCUGACAACAAGAUUGCGUGGUACGAGAACAUCAACGGAGCCGGGAGUUUCGGGCCACAGCAAGUGGUGAGCACGGCAGCACAGGGUGCAGUGUCUGUGAUUGCAGCUGACAUGGAUGGAGAUGGAGAUCUGGACCUGGGGUCGGCGUCGGAGCGCGACGACAAGAUUGCUUGGUACGAGAACAUGGACGGGGCCGGAAGUUUCGGGCCACAGCAAGUGGUGAGCAUUGCAGCGGGCAAGUCGCAAUCUGUAAUUGCGGCUGACGUGGAUGGAGAUGGAGAUCUGGACCUGGCGUCGGCGUCGGCUUCUGACAACAAGAUUGCGUGGUACGAGAACACCGACGGGGCCGGGAGUUUCGGGCCGCAGCAGUGGUGA